AGGGGGGCUCUGUUGCCAGCGAGGUUGGCGCCCGGGACUUUUUUCGGGAUAUGUACCAACAACUCCUAACCGGAUAAGGCCUCCUCCACAAAGCGAAACAACACAAACACAGAGGCAAAACUUUAAGGCAAAACUUGAACGUCUGGUGUUUUUGAACCAGAUUCCAGAAACUAGCAACACUGGAAAUAUGCGGAGAUGUCGAGGGGAGGACAACUACCGAUAGGAUCCCACAGUUGGGACUUUUAUGUCAAGCAAUGAGAGGUUAACAAAGCUGUAGCACGAGAUUUCUGAACAUUUCGUCUUUGUGGCGAAACAUCACACUCAUUAUAAACAAAAGUGCAUCCAUCGUCAUCACCCCACACCCAAAGUCAUCAUGACGACCUCUUCUUUACGGCGCCAGAUGAAGAACAUUGUGAACAACUACACGGACGCAGAGAUUAAGGUCAGGGAGGCGACGUCCAAUGAUCCGUGGGGUCCUCCGACCUCGCUCUUGAUGGAAAUCGCUGACAUGACGUUCAACGUGGUGGCGCUCACCGAGGUCAUGGGCAUUAUCUGGAAGAGACUCAAUGACCAUGGCAAGAACUGGCGGCACGUGUACAAGGCCCUCACUCUGUUGGACUAUCUGAUCAAGUCCGGAUCGGAUCGAGUGGCCCAGCAGUGCAAGGAGAACAUCUACGCCAUCCAGACUUUGCGGGAUUUCCAGUACAUUGACCGGGAUGGGCAGGACCAGGGCAUGAGCGUCCGGGAAAAGUCCAAGCAGCUGGUGGCUCUGCUCAAGGACGACGAGAAGCUAAAGCAGGAGCGAUCACAGUCACUCAAGACCCGUGAGCGAGUGACGGGAACCAGCGGUGCCAUUGGUUAUGGAUCUUUACCGCCUCCCUACCCAGGACGUCAACCCAGCAUGGAAGCAGUGUAUGUUGAGGAGCAUAGCAGGCCGAGGGGCUCACCUUCCUCCUUCAACUCCUCCUCUUCCUCGCCUCAUCUGGCCCCAGAUCUGGAGCGGGCCCGGCCGCAGACGAGCGGGGAGGAGGAACUUCAGCUGCAGCUGGCCUUGGCCAUGAGCCGAGAGGAGAGCGAGAAGCCCGCUCCUGUUGUGGAUAUGGAUGAACAGACACAGCUUCAGAUCGCAAUGAGUCUCAGUAAGGAGGCGCACAAGCCAGUUCCUCUUCCUCCUCCUCCUCCUCCUGUUGCUGCUGCUGCUUUGGACAUGGAUGAAGAGGCUCAACUUCAGCUGGCUCUGAGUCUCAGUAAAGAGGAACAUCAGCAGGAGCAGCGAAGUCGCCAGGGAGACGAGUCGUUGCUCCAGAAAGCACUCGAGGAGAGCAAACGAGAAAUGGAGGCCAAAGGAGGAUCUGCCAUGUUGGAUCUUGCAGAUAUUUUUGCUCCAGCUCCUGAUAUGCCCUCUGCUGCCAAACCUUGGGAUUCAUCUGGAGGCCAUAGCGGUUUAGCCCAGGCUGGUCCUCUGAGGUCCGACCCCUGGGAUAGUCUGGAGCCCAGUGGCCUAGUAGCCCGUGGCCAUGGAAGCUCAUGGAUGGCACCGCCUGCAUUAAGUGUUCGUUCCCAGCCUUGGCCACAGACACAUCCUGACCCAUGGGACGCCCCACAGAACUCCUCAAGCCCUGUGUCCAUCAAUCAGACCUGGAUCUCCCCGGCACAUGAUGACGAUCUUUUUGACGAGGCUAUGGAUGGAGGUCAGGCAAAUGUAAAUGGCCACGGUAGUCCUGAGACUUUCGAUAUGUCUUCCUUUGGCGAAGGACUACCAAAACCAGCUCAAACCGGCAGUACUCCAGAGGCCUUUCUGGGUCCCACCGGAGCUUCGCUCGUCAACUUGGAUUCACUGAUACCCUCCAACCCUCCUUCCAAGAACUUCAACCCAUUUUUAUCAGGGCUGAGCGCUCCAUCGACGUCUAAUCCAUUCCAGCACGAACCACAACCCCGCCUCACGCUUAAUCAGAUGCGUCCCAGCUCCACAUCCCCUGUACCCACGUCCCUGCCAUUUAAUGCCUCUCUGCCCAUGGCUGCCAGCAACCAGCCCAGCUCCCUUCCCAGUACCUUCACACAGUCUGCGCAGGUCCCGCCGCUGAUCCCUGGACACCUGCCUCAACCGCUGCUACCCCUGUCAACCACAUCCACGCUUGGAGAUCCAGACCAACACAAUCAGAACCCGUUCCUAUGAAAGACAGUGCGAGCAGAUCCAAACAAGCUUUUGAAAUGACAAUUUAACCACCGACUUGACUUAAAACUGGAACACACUUUUUGUAAUGUCUUUGCUUCUUUCACAGCUUCCUGGUUUUGCUCUAUGCAGUCACUCUUAAGAGGCGUUCACACAUACAGUGGUUUGCAGUGACAAAAACCAUUCGCGUUCAACAACAGCAACCGUUGGUAAUUCAAUGCGGCAUAGUUGAGAAAUGUUCAAUGUUAUCCACGAGUCGUCGUGCAAUGCGGAGAGCGGAUAAUGUAUCCAUCUCCUGUGAGAUACUGUAGUUAA